GCCUCGCCCUCCUUUCCUUUUAUUCCCGGCCCCACCCGCCAAAAUGAACAGCUCGGACGAGGAGAAGCAGCUGCAGCUCAUCACCAGUCUGAAGGAGCAAGCAAUAGGCGAAUAUGAAGACCUUAGAGCAGAGAACCAGAAAACAAAGGAGAAGUGUGACAGAAUUAGGCAAGAACGAGAUGAAGCUGUUAAAAAACUGGAGGAAUUUCAGAAAAUUUCUCACAUGGUUAUAGAGGAAGUUAAUUUCAUGCAGAACCAUCUUGAAAUAGAGAAGACUUGUCGAGAAAGUGCUGAAGCUUUGGCAACAAAGCUAAAUAAAGAAAAUAAAACAUUGAAAAGAAUUAGCAUGUUAUACAUGGCCAAGCUGGGACCAGAUGUAAUAACUGAAGAGAUAAACAUUGAUGAUGAAGAUUCAGCUACAGACACAGAGGGUGCCUCUGAGACUUGCGUCUCAGUACAAUGUCAGAAGCAAAUCAAAGAACUUCGAGAUCAAAUUAUAUCUGUUCAGGAGGAAAAGAAGAAAUUAGCCAUUGAGUUGGAAAAUCUCAAGAGCAAACUUGUAGAAGUAAUUGAAGAAGUAAAUAAAGUUAAACAAGAAAAGACUGUUUUAAAUUCAGAAGUUCUUGAACAGAGAAAAGUCUUAGAAAAAUGCAAUAGAGUGUCCAUAUUAGCUGUAGAAGAGUAUGAGGAAAUGCAAGUAAACCUGGAGCUGGAGAAGGACCUUCGAAAGAAAGCAGAGUCAUUUGCCCAAGAGAUGUUCAUUGAACAAAACAAGCUAAAGAGACAAAGCCACCUUCUUCUACAGAGCUCUGUGCCCGACCAGCAACUCUUGAAAGCUUUAGAUGAAAAUGCAAAGCUUACCCAGCUCCUUGAAGAAGAGAGAAUUCAGCAUCAGCAAAAGGUCAAAGAAUUAGAAGAAAAACUAGAAAAUGAAAUGCUCCACAAAGAGAUACACAACCUCAAACAGCAAUUGGAACUUCUAGAAGAAGAUAAAAAGGAAUUGGAAUUGAAAUACCAGAAUUCUGAGGAGAAAGCCAGAAAUUUAAAGCACUCUGUUGAUGAACUCCAGAAACGAGUGAACCAGUCUGAGAAUUCAGUGCCUCCACCACCUCCUCCUCCACCACCACUCCCCCCACCACCUCCCAAUCCUAUCCGGUCUCUCAUGUCCAUGAUUCGGAAGCGAUCCCACCCUAGUGGCAGUGGUGCUAAGAAAGAAAAGGCAACUCAACCAGAAACAACUGAAGAAGUCACAGAUCUAAAGAGGCAAGCAGUUGAAGAGAUGAUGGAUAGAAUUAAAAAGGGAGUUCAUCUUAGACCAGUUAAUCAGACAACCAGACCGAAGGCAAAGCCAGAAUCUUCAAAAGGCUCUGAAAGUGCAGUGGAUGAACUAAAAGGAAUACUGGGGACACUUAACAAAUCCACUAGUUCAAGAAGCUUAAAAUCCCUUGACCCUGAAAACAGUGAAACUGAGUUAGAAAGGAUUUUGCGUCGCAGAAAGGUGACAGCAGAAGCAGAUAGCAGUAGUCCAACCGGGAUAUUAGCCACCUCAGAGUCCAAAUCCAUGCCAGUGUUGGGUUCUGUAUCCAGUGUAACAAAAACAGCCUUGAACAAGAAAACUCUGGAGGCAGAAUUCAACAGCCCGUCCCCCCCAACACCUGAGCCAGGUGAAGGGUCCCGUAAAUUGGAAGGAUGCACAAGUUCCAAGGUUACAUUUCAGCCUCCCAGUAGCAUUGAAUGCAGGAGAAAAGACAUUGGCGAUGAAAAACAAGCUGAACCAGUUGUAGUUUUAGAUCCUGUUUCGACACAUGAACCCCAAACCAAAGACCAGGUCGCUGAAAAAGAUCCUACUCAACACAAGGAAGAUGAAGGUGAAAUUAAACCAGAAAACAAAGAAGACAGCAUUGAAAAACUGAGCGAGACAGACAGCUCCAGCUGCUGAUCUGUAAACCAGAAGCCUAACAUGUUUGCUAGUCCUUUUCAAUUAGCACAUGAUUUGUUUUGGUGUUAUUGGCAAGGGCUAUAGGCAUUCUGUUCUGGUCACUGUAUUCAGAAUACAGGUUCUUUCCUGGUGUCACUUUUGUAAGUAGCAAGUAUAAACAUAAGUAAGCUGUUUAUUAGCAAAAUACCCAUCCUAAGUAGUUUUUUGUUUUUUGGUCUUUAUAGGAAUAAGAUUUUUCCUAGUUACUGUAUUAAGUAUGACUUAUUUUAGAAGGUUACAAAAAAAAUUCAGAUGUUAAUAUCUUUAGGAAAUGUGCAUAACACUCAUCAAAUGGAAUGCUGAAAGUUUGAGGUGCUUGUAGAUAAUUGAAUAAAAAAAACUGACCAAUCUAAUGUGAUUUUAAAAACCCCCAGAGAAGAUUCUGUUUUGGGUCUGAUCCUCUCUUGAUGGAGAAAUUGCAGCAGCAUGAAAAUUAUUGGGUACUGUGGCAUACAGGUUAUUUUCUAGGGUAGACUGAGAUAAGCUUAAAAUUCGCGAGCUGCCAUCAAACUAGUAGUCCUGUAAUCAAUGUUAAUUACACACAUUGUUAACUAUUGGAUGAAAAAUACAAGCCUGAUUGUGUCCAAAGCCUCCCAAGGACCUUGGGGGGGAUGCUCUUGUGGCCUGAAUACAGAAUUGAGGUGAAAGUCCAGACCUUGAAUUUAACAGUAAUAUCUUGGUAAACCAUGUGCACUGUGGUAUGAGUUAAUUGUGUUUUCCCAUAUACUAAUGUGGCACAAGUACCAUAUUUUUUUCACAGUUCUUAUGUACAGUGAAGAUAAGUGACAAGCACACAUUUUUCUUGCUUCACUGCUGUUCUAUAUUACACAGUUUUGUUGUUUUGUUUUGUUUUGUUUUUUAAAGAAAUUAAGUGGUAGAUAGUCUCUAAAAAUACAGUGUUUCAGGCUACCACAAUGAAUAAAUAGAAAUGUAAUCAGGGAUUUUUUUUUUUUAAACUUAUGCAGCUUUUCAAAGUUGAUUGUUUCAAAAUUGAUGUUUACUUAAAAUAAGUGGUAAUGUACUUGAAUGCACUUUUUUAUGACAAUGAUUCAGUAAUGGUAAUUUUACUAUUAAAGAAAGUGAAAGGUUUAGUUUUGUUAGCAUGGCUCAGCAUGUAGCUGUCAGGUGCUUCUCACCUAAAGGCAAAAGAAAAUGAUAGUCAUAAUUGCAGUAGUUGUAUUGUAUUUUUUGCACGUGUGCUAAACUUAGGCUUGUCAAGGAGGUAAAAGGUAAAUGUACUUCCUAAAUUUGGAGAUAAUUAUCUUUUUGUAAGUUUGUUAUGCUUGACUGUUUCCAUGUUUUCACAGGUCUUUAUCACUUUACUCAUGAGGAAUUAAAAUGUAAUGUUUUCCAAAUGUAUUUUUCCUUAACUGGGUCAUACUGCUAUGUGAUGUUCUAACCACAGACUGCAUUAAUCCAUUUAAACCAGUUCUGUUAUGCUGUGAUUUGAACGUUCCUCACCACAACUUAUUAAAAAAAAAACCAACACUUUCCCACUAA